AUGAACAGUCGAAUGAAGGAACUGGAAUUGAAAGAGCGAUCUUCAAAGAGUCUUUUGGCGAACGUGUUAGACAUUGACGACGAUUUCCGAAACGUAACAGGUACUACCAGUACUAGCAGUGCUGGAAACAAUUCUAAUUUGAAUCCGAAUCUAGGAGCAGGAUUUAUAAGACAUCCUACGACAAUAGAAGAAGCCAACAUUGCCAGUGGUGGCAGCUUUCAACGAGAUCUCCAGCACAUCCUUCGAGAACUACAGUUCAUUACGAAUAGAAUGAAGAGAGCAGAUGAAGAAGCUGAAGUAAUUAGUGAUUGGAAGUUUGCGGCUAUGGUAGUAGAUAGAUUCUGUCUCAUAAUAUUUACGUUAUUUACAAUCAUCGCUACAGUUGCCGUGCUAUUUUCGGCACCUCACAUCAUUGUCCAAUAG